AUGACAUCUCAACAACAAUCAGAUUCAAAUAAAGAAACAUAUGGUACUGCUGUCAGUGGUAAUAAUCCUGGUAGCUCUCCUCAACAUGAGCCUAGAUUUUUUUCUUCAAAAAGAGCUAGAGAAAUACAAGCAGAAGAAGGUAUUACUACAAAUUUUCGUCCAACGCCACUUACAACACAACCUAUUACUACGAAUGGUGCUUUCAGUAAUGGAACUCUUCUUCCUGACUCAGUUACAACUUCAAUUUCUUCAAUUGAUUAUCUAAAACCUGUUGGAUCAAAAGUUUCUUCAACUGCCUCAAACGGAAAUGGUUCUGAACACUUUCCCAGUUACCCAUCAUCAUAUCGUCGUACUCGUGCCGACACUCUACCAUCAUCCAACAACAAUAACAAUUCUAAUAAUCAAUGGAAUGGCCAGAUCGACAAUUAUCAUAAUAUGAUGAGAUUGAUGAUGCCUAAUUCGGGUAAUAUUGUUAACGGAUUGACAGAUAAACAAUUAAUGAUGAGAGAAUUAAGUGGUGGUCUUGAUGAUGACUUGGAUGAUGACAACGGUUGGAAACCUGAUGCAUCCAGAUUACGAGAAAUUCGUAAAAGACUUGAUAGCAAUCAUUGUACUGCAAAAGAGGUAGAGGCUAUUGCACUUGAGGUUAUUGACGAAAGUGUUGAAUUAGCGAGUGUUCAACAAGUACAAGGUUAUAAACGUUUAUUGGAGGAAUUGGGAAUGGUUGGUGAUGUUUCGUUUGGAAAUUCGUUGAAUCCUGGCGGUCCUACGCAAUUGGCUAGUAAUAACGCAUCGCCAAUUGAAAAUAAUAGUAAUAAUUCUGCACAAAAUGAUCAAUUCAAUUCUCAACAACAAUUAUUAUUAUCACCUUCAAGUGAAGGUACAGCACCUACUCAAAGUUCCACUUCUUUAGCUACAACACCUUCAACAAAUUAUCCACCACCAACAUCAGCAGCACCAGUUUUCAUGAACAAUGUUCCACUAUCGCCUCAUCAUCAACCACACCCACAGUUUCCGCCCACAUCACCAUAUACUCAUAUGGCCCCAUUUCCACCCUUUAUUCAUCCAACAGCUUUGGCAGCAGUAGCAGCAGGCAUGUAUGGACAUUCAGCAAUGUUUAACCCUGCAUAUCCUUAUAUUAUUGCCGCUGGUGGAAUGCCUCCACCAAUGAUAAAUUCAGCCCCUCCUACUCCAAAUGGUGCUCCAAAUCCAAUAUUUGAUAUGCGAGCGCAAUCAUCACCAAAAGAAUCCGGUACCGAAUUAUUAGAAGGAACUAGCAAUGAAUAA